AUGGCGAUUCUUCAGAAAUACUCACUGCACACUGGAGCCUCCGCCAGCACCACAGACAUGUAAACAAAAGGCGGAUUUCAUAGGUUUUAGCCUACGGGUUUUAGGCAAAAUCUGCAGAAAUGGGCAAAAGAGAUAACAGAGUGGCAUACUUGAACCCAAUAGCUGCUGCCAGAGCCAGAGGACCUGCACCAGUCUCCGGCACCACCAUUCAGGAUUAUCUCAGCAGACCACGACCGUCAUGGGAGGAGGUGAAGGAACAGUUGGAAAAGAAAAGGAAAGGCUCCAGAGCCCUGGCUGACUUUGAGGACAAGAUGAACGCGCGAUGGAAGAAGGAACUGGAGAAAAACAGGGAGAAGGUGCUUGGUGGAGGUGAUAAGAAAGAAAAAGAAAAGGAGAAAGACAAGGAGAAGGAAAAGAAAGAGAAAAAGAAGAAAGAGAAGAAGAAGUCCAGUAGGCAUUCCUCAUCUUCCCCCUCCUCAUCAUCGAGUUCUGAUUCCUCCUCCAGUUCCUCCUCAGAUGCUGAAGACGAUGAUGAGAAGAAAAAUCUGAAAAAGAAGAAAAAGAGAAAACGAUCCUCAACCCGGAAAGCGUCUGAUGAGACUGACUCAGAGUCUGAGACUGAUAGCAGGGAGUCAUCCAAGAAAAAAAGGAAGAAAACAGAUGGAGACAAAGAUAAGGACGAAAAGGAUUCUCGAAAGAAGAGGAAAGCUGAAAGAAGUCAGUCUGAGUCUUCUGACGAGUCUGAUUUAGACAAAGACGCUGACUCCAAAAAGAAGAAACAUAGUAGUGAAGAGAAGGAGAAAAUCACAGAUAAGUCUAAAAAGAAAAAGAAAAAGAAGAAGCAUAAGAAACACAGCAAAAAGAAAAAGAGGAAGACCUCCAGCUCAGAGUUGGACUGAAGGGCUAGAAGCGGCUGGACUUGUGAAUGGUAACGGAAAAGACAGAGCUCUUGCCAGACAGUGGAGAAAUAAACCAGUAAGCUGUCCAAGUGACUCUUAAAAGUGGGUGCUCUUUAGCAUCGUGCAGCUGUAAUGGAGACUGGGAUGAGAGGAUCGUGGCGGGGGGUGUUGAACGGGGCGUGGAGUUCAUUACGUCAGGUUUGUGUUUGUUUUUUAAGCAGAUGAUUCUCAGUCCAAAUAAAGACCAUUUACACAUCA